AUGAGUACCGACUUUGAUAGAAUUUACCUGAACCAGUCUAAAUUCAGUGGCAGAUUCCGUAUUGCCGAUUCUGGGUUAGGAUGGAAAGUUAGCACCAGUGGUGGUUCCGCAGCCAACCAGGCAAGAAAACCAUUUUUAUUACCGGCCACAGAAUUAUCCACAAUCCAGUGGAGUAGGGGUUGCAGGGGCUACGAACUGAAGAUAAGCACCAAAAAUCAAGGUGUGAUUCAACUUGAUGGGUUUUCUCAAGAUGAUUAUAACCUGAUCAAGAAUGAUUUCCAUCGUCGUUUCAAUAUUCAAGUAGAGCAAAGAGAACAUUCGUUACGUGGUUGGAACUGGGGUAAGACCGAUUUGGCUAGAAAUGAAAUGGUAUUUGCUUUAAAUGGGAAGCCAACUUUUGAAAUUCCUUACGCCAGAAUAAAUAAUACGAAUUUGACUUCUAAGAAUGAAGUAGGGAUAGAAUUCAAUAUCCAAGAUGAAGAAUAUCAACCUGCAGGCGAUGAAUUGGUGGAAAUGAGAUUUUACAUUCCGGGUGUUAUUCAAACAAACGUAGAUGAAAACAUGACCAAAAAGGAAGAGUCAAGCGAUGAAGUCAUGCCAAAAAAAGAGGAUGGAGAAGAUGUGGAAACUGCCAUAGAAGAAAAAAGUAUGGCAGAAGCAUUCUACGAAGAACUAAAGGAAAAGGCUGAUAUUGGUGAAGUAGCUGGUGACGCCAUAGUCUCUUUUCAAGAUGUCUUUUUCACCACACCAAGAGGUCGUUAUGAUAUUGAUGUCUACAAAAAUUCUAUUAGGCUCAGAGGUAAGACUUAUGAAUACAAAUUACAACAUCGUCAAAUUCAAAGAAUCGUCUCAUUACCAAAGGCGGAUGACAUCCAUCAUUUGUUAGUUCUGGCAAUUGAACCACCUUUACGUCAAGGUCAGACUACCUACCCCUUUCUCGUUUUACAAUUUCAGAAGGACGAAGAGACAGAAGUGCAGUUGAAUUUGGAGGACGAAGAUUAUGAAGAAAACUAUAAAGAAAAAUUAAAGAAGCAGUACGAUGCUAAAACUCACAUAGUGUUAAGUCAUGUACUAAAGGGUUUGACUGGCCGUAGGGUCAUUGUUCCUGGGGAAUACAAAUCCAAGUAUGACCAGUGCGCGGUUUCAUGUUCCUUCAAGGCGAACGAGGGCUAUUUGUACCCGCUUGAUAACGCUUUUUUCUUUCUAACCAAACCAACUUUGUAUAUACCAUUUGGUGAUGUCAGUAUGGUUAACAUUUCAAGGGCUGGACAAACCUCCACAUCAUCCAGGACCUUUGAUUUGGAGGUGGUAUUGCGUUCAAAUAGAGGAUCCACAACGUUUGCUAACAUCAGUAAGGAAGAGCAACAAUUAUUGGAACAGUUCUUGAAGUCUAAGAAUCUGAGGGUGAAGAACGAAGAUAGAGAGGUUCAAGAAAGGCUCCAAACUGCUCUAGGAUCCGAUAGCGACGAAGAAGAUGUUAAUAUGGGCUCCGCUGGUGAAGACGACGAAUCGGUAGAUGAGGAUUUCCAAGUGAGCUCUGAUAACGACGCUGAAGAUGUCGCAGAAGAGUUCGAUUCCGAUGCAGUCUUAAGUGACGCUGAAAAGGGCAGUGACGAAGAAAGGCCUUCCAAAAAGCCUAAAGUAGAAUAG